GUCAACUCAAACAGAAGGAGCGUCUGCGUCCGCGUUAGGUAACAUAUUCGCCCUGCACAAACACAUCCUCUUCCGCGGAGGGCUAUACAAAUACCGCACAGUCGGUUGUUCCCACCUCUUCCUCUAGUUUCAUCUUCUUGGUGUUCUGAAGGAGCUUCAAAAUGUCUACCGAAACGGUCGCCACAUCUGCGUCUCUGCGCCUCGCCAAGAGCAUUCCGUCACACCCUCUUGCGCCUCUUGAAGCCGCCGAGAUCACGUCGGCGGCGGCGAUUAUCAAAGCCUCAUGGCCGGCACAUACGGACCUCCAUUUUAAGGUUGUGACACUGGAAGAGCCUCCGAAGGCGGAAGUAGUGAAGUACCUGGAUGCCGAGCACAGCGGGAAGCCUUUGCCGUCAAUUAGCAGGAAAGCCUUUUUGAACUAUUACAUCCGCAACACGAACAAGUUUCACGAGGCGAUUGUAGACCUGACGUCGGGUCGCGUGCUCCACAACGUUCUCCUGGGACCGUUCGUCCACGCAAAUGGCGAUGGCGAAGAAAUUGUAGCCAUUGAGAAGGUAGCUCUUGCAGACGAGGGUGUGAAAGAUGCGAUUGCAAAAUUGCAGCUUCCUGAAGGCACAACGGUGAUCAGCGACCCCUGGAUAUACGGUUCCGAUGGCAUCGGCGAUGAGGAAAGACUGUACCAAUGCUUUCUCUACAUGAGGGACCCAAUGAACCCUUCAGAGGCGGAUUCAAACCACUACGCAUUGCCACUGCCAAUCUCUCCUGUCGUCUGCACGGAGAACAUGACGGUGAUCCGGAUCGACAUCCUGCCGACUGGCCCAGACAACACGAUCAAGCCUUUAGGACCCUACCCGAUCCACCCACCAAACGAGUAUAUUCCAGAGCAUCAAACCCUCCGAACAGACCUGAAGCCGCUGAACGUCGUUCAGCCUGAGGGUGCCAGCUUCAAAGUCACUAAGGAAGACACGUCGAACGUUCUUACCUGGCAGAAGUGGAAAUUCCGGGUCGGAUUCAACCAGCGAGAGGGCAUGGUUCUCUAUGAUGUGCGCUACGACGGCAGAAGCCUCUUCUAUCGCAUGAGUCUGAGCGACAUGAACAUCCCAUAUGCCGACCCUCGGCACCCUUACCACAAGAAGUCGGCGUUUGAUCUUGGCGAUGCUGGCGCGGGUAUCAUGGCCAACAACCUCAAGUUGGGAUGCGAUUGCUUGGGCUCCAUUUACUAUCUCGACGCCGUGCUUUCGGAUGACAAGGGUGGCGUCGUCCCGAUGGAAAACUGUGUCUGCAUCCACGAGCAGGACGCUGGAAUCGGCUGGAAGCACACCAACUACAGAACCGGCCGUGCCGCUGUCGUUCGCUCCCGAGAGCUGGUUCUUCAAUCGAUCAUCACCGUCUCGAACUACGAAUAUAUCCUCGCAUUCAUCUUCAAUCAGGCUGGAGAGGUCGACUAUGAAAUUCGCGCGACCGGGAUUCUAAGCACGCAGCCGAUUGAUGAAGGUGUCGAGGUCCCAUUCGGCACUGUCGUCCACCCCGGAGUCCUUGCGGUCCAUCACCAGCACAUCUUCUCGCUGCGUGUCGAUCCAUUCCUGGAGGGGCAGAACAACCGACUGGUCUAUGACGAAGCCUUCCCCAUGCCGCGGUCAGACUUCAAUCCUCAUGGCAUCGGCUACUACGUGCAAGAGACCGUUGUCGAUCAGUCGGGCGGGUACGAUAUCGAGUACAACAACAACCGCACCUUCAAGAUUCAGAAUAUAGAUGUGCGCAAUCCUGUAAAUGGAAAGCCCGUAGCAUACAAGAUCCAGGCACCACCAUUCCAGAAGAUCUUGUCCGACAAAGAUAGCUUCAACUACAAGCGAGCCGAAUUCUCUGACCACAAUAUCUACGUCGUCAAAUACCGCGAUGGCGAGCUGUACGCUGGAGGAAGGUACACCAACCAAUCAAGAGGCGGUACGGGUGUGAGAGCAUGGGCGGAUAGGAAGGAGAACGUGAAGGAUACCGACUUUGUGCUGUUCAUUCAGGCCGGCCUCAACCAUAUUCCGAGGAUCGAGGAUUUCCCGGUCAUGCCUUGCGAGAUCUUGAAGAUCCACCUGAAGCCCGUUAACUUCUUCGAUAAGAACCCGGCAUUGGAUGUACCGCCGAGUGAGCAGGGCUUCAACAAGAGCUCAUUACUUAGCGAGCAGCACCACCAACCUUCCGUGGAGGCGACCGUUGGUAAGGACGGCGCGUGCUGUGGGCCGAAGCUAUAAACUCGUUGUCUAACGACGAGCGUGCGUGUGGUAUACCGGAGAUAGAAUUGCGGCUUGCGGGCGUACACAUAGAAUUGACGCAAGCUCGACAGUAUUUAUUAAUGAAC